GUACGUAGUUUUCUUUUGUAAUCAGGGCGUGUGUUACUAUUUAAAGUUAUAAACCUGUUGUUGUUGACAACACAUAGUACAGAGAGAGAGAGAGUUGGGGAGAGAAAUUAGAUAAAAUAUGGAAAGCGACGACGAUCAUCUUGAGUGUGCAAUCUGUUUAAAGAUUUUUACCAAACCAAAGUUUCUACCAUGCUUUCAUACGUGUUGCCUGGGCUGUCUUGAUCAGAUGAUUGAAUCUACCAACCUUCUAACAUGUCCUCAGUGUCGACAAGUCCACAAAAUACCCCCUGGCGGAGUUUCGGAGCUUACAACAAAUUUCUUCGUAGAUGGUAAGUCGGAACAAAAGAGGAGACAAGGAUCCAGCUGUGACAACUGCAUGAAGAAAGGUGCCAUAUGGUUUUGCACAAAUUGCGACCAAAAUUUGUGUGACAGUUGUAAAACAACACACGAUUCAUUAACUGCCUGUAAAGAUCACUGCGUCCACAGUUUGAAUGAAGAGAUAUCUCUAGAGUCUGUUAACCAGCAUAGAUACUGCACGAAACACCCAAAAGAUAAAGUAGAGUUUUAUUGCAUGGACUGUUCCAAGCCGAUUUGUAUGAAAUGUAAAAUGCUAUUCCAUGGGAACCACACUGCCGAAGAUAUUGAUGAUGCCAUAGAAAAGGCUAAAGUUGUCUUUGGGAACUUGCAGGAUAAAUUGUUGUCUGCCCAAAAUAAUCUAAAACAAGAAAUGGCCAAAUGCGAAGAAUCAAAAAUAGAAAGAAGGGAAAGAUCGGAAGUGCAAUUGCAAAUGAUUGACCAAAAAGCUAUGGAGAUAAUACAGACGGUACAAUUAAUGCAAUCUAGGCUGAAGGGGUCGGUAACUGAUAACCUUGAAACGGAAUUGGCUCCUCUAACUAAAGUAAUGAAAGAGUUACAUGGUUCACAUACAGAUACUCUUGUUGUUGCAGAGAAGCUUGAGAAAAUAGACACGUUGCAUGAAGUGGACAUGAUGAAAGCCGUACCCUUAUUGACAGAAGACAUCAAUGCCAUCUACAACACGCGAAUCCCAUAUCGGUAUUAUAAGAAUAUGGACUUAAACACUACCGAAGCAACCCCCCCUGCUGUUGAUGAUCUCCUUGGUAAAUUGAAUGGGACACAAAUAGGUAAAUUUCAAGAAAGGUUCAACGCUGAUUUGAAACUUGGGACACUCCACAGGAGUCGUGUUUGUGAGAUAGGUAAUCAUUCGUUCAGACUCGAUGUUAAAAGAUGGAAGGAUGAUAGAAAUAGGCCCCAUCCGGUUGAGCAGUUCGGCGUGUAUUGUAGUAUCGGGGAUGGAGAUAGUACUCCAGUGGAUGCACUCAUUCGGGUCCAGCUCCUGAGAAAUGGUUCAGGUCAUGACGACGCAAUGACGGAAGAAGGGGAGUUUACGUUUAACAUUCCGGGAAGCGGUCAUGGAUGGAACCGAUUUAUGAUAUGGGAUCAAGUGAUUGACCCAGAGGAACGCUUUGUUUCAUGUGAAGAGCUGAUAUUUAAUGUUUUGAUAGCUGUAAAAGAAAUUUAAAUAUUGGAUAAAACCUGGUAGGGCGUAAUUAUGCAAAGCAACAUCUCAGUCAGCUUGUCUGCACCAAGAAUUUUUAUUAGGAAACCUUUUAAUGCUAUCUUAUAGUUUCUUCGACCUGUCCGGUCAACUGUCCACCAUAGCUUGUUAAAGGACAAAUCCCAGCUUUAUUUCAAUGAAUAACAUUGGUGAAUGUCAAUCCUCACCACGCCCAUGUGGCGGCAAUUAUUCUGAGAUAGAUUUUCUUGUAGCGCAAAACCCGGUCGUAUCAACAACUAUGUCUCAAUGAGGAUUGAGGAUAUUAUUUUUUUUUUUAAAUUUUGGAAGUAGGAUACAUCGAUUUUUGAUAUGAUGUCAAUUGUUUGUGAUAUAAAUGUAAAUUUAAUAGACGAGCAAUUACUAACAGUCAGUCAGCACACCUUUGAAAUUUUAGCUAAAAUGAAAUCAGCUAUGUUAAUCGUAUCUCAAGCAAAUAUGUGAAUAAAUACAAAUACCCGUGGCGUU